GCUGCAGGAUUUGUAAGACCAACCUUCACAACAACAAUGUGCGGCAUCUUCUGUCUGUUGACUUUAACGCCCUCUCAGUUUGAGAGGGACAAAACAGUUCAUGAACAUUUGAAGAGAAGAGGACCCAGCCAGAGCCAGGACCUCACAGUUACAGGUUCCUGUUAUCAGUGUUUAUUCUCUGCUCACGUCCUUCACAUGAGAGGCCUUCUAACACCUCAGCCAGUCGAGGACAACGCUGGGAAUGUGCUCGAGUGGAACGGGGAGAUUUUUGGAGGUCUUCCAGUGAAGCCUCAGGAAAAUGACACCACUGUUGUCUCGCAGCGGCUGUCAACCUGCAGCAGCCCCUCAGAGAUUCUGUCAGUUCUGUCCUCUAUACGAGGACCGUGGGGGUUUGUUUACUACCAGAAGGCUGGAGAUUAUCUCUGGUUUGGGAGAGACUUCUUUGGCAGACGGAGUUUGUUGUGGAGAUUCGAUACAGAGCUCAACGCCUUGACUCUGACUUCUGUGGCAGCCCGUGGUUCUGGAUCUGAUCCGGCUGUUUGGCAGGAAGUCCCAGCUGCUGGUGUGUACAGGAUUGACCUGAAGGCGACUGCAGAGUCUGGAUCUGUGAUGUUUGAGGUUUAUCCCUGGGCUGAUGGAGGAACUGAUGAAGUCUCGAGCUGCUGUGAAACCAUAUCAGAGUCUGUUCCCAGCAGCUGCACUGCUGUGAUGAAUCAGUCCGGCCUCGUGCUGCCCACACCUGUGUGUCCUCUGAAUACAACCAUCCCGACGUCAUUCAAUGAGACAGAAGAUCAUCAAAACUCGUCUGUUAAAGAUCUGGAGCAGCUGCUUGCAAGCAAAGACAAAAACGAUGAGGUGAACCAACUUAUCAGUGUUCUCAGUGAGGCUGUAAGGCGUCGAGUUCAGGCUCUGCCCCUCAGGGAACAAGACGCCUCUCUUCCUGAUGAGCGGGCGAGUGUUGCUUUACUUUUCUCAGGGGGGAUCGAUUCGAUGAUCCUGGCUGCUUUAGCUGACCGUCACAUACCUGCUCAUCAGCCAAUAGACCUUCUCAAUGUAGCGUUUAAACUCCAGGAGCCAAAGAAGCAGAAAGAGUCUGCAAACAAACACAAGAAACACAACAAUAAGCCAAAAACUGCUGCAGCUGACUCUCGAACAUCCGGGCCGUUUGACGUUCCAGACAGAAUUACAGGAAAAGCCGGUCUCAAGGAAUUACAAGACUUGAAUCCUGAGAGAAGGUGGAAUUUUGUGGAAAUCAACGUAACGCAGGAGGAGCUGCAGAAAAUGCGCGAGGAACGGAUCUGUCAUUUGGUUUACCCGCUUGAUACGGUGCUGGAUGACAGCAUCGGAUGUGCCGUGUGGUUCGCAGCGAGAGGGACGGGGUUCAUCAUGGAGGACGGCGACCAGAGGGCCUUCACAUCCUCAGCAAAGGUAAUUCUGACAGGAAUCGGAGCGGAUGAGCAGCUAGCAGGUUACUCCAGACACAGAGUCCGAUUUAAGACGUCUGGAUUUGAGGGGCUGAUUCAGGAACUGGCCAUGGAGCUGGGCAGGAUCUCCUGCAGGAAUUUGGGCCGAGAUGACCGAGUGAUCGGAGACCACGGGAAAGAGGCGAGAUUUCCCUACUUGGACGAGGACGUGGUGAGCUACUUGAACUCUCUUCCCGUGUGGGACAAAGCAGAUCUGACGCUCCCUCGAGGCGUCGGGGAGAAACUCCUCCUGAGACUGGCGGCGAAGCAGCUCAGGCUCGGCCAAUCAGCCGUCCUGCCCAAGAGAGCCAUGCAGUUCGGCUCCCGCAUCGCAAAGAUGGAGGACAAACGUGAAAAGGCCUCAGACAAAUGCACAAGACUCCUCACCGGAUAGACAAAAUCAUUGGCUGUGAUGAAAGAAUAUAAAAAUCAUUUUAAUAGAAAAAUAUGAAUUAUAAAAUGAUGUACAAUUGAUAUUUACAGUUGAAAUUCUUGAUUUCCUCUUACAGAUUCUUGAAGUUGAUCAUUUGAUUGUCUUUGUGCUCAUCUUGGAUACUUUUUUAAACACGCCGCAAUAAAUAUGGUGGAUUUGUCCAUCUGUG